AUGAUGUUUUCUCAUAGAACGGUCCUCUUGCUGGCAUUUGUUUCAACUGUCGCCAAUGCGUUUUCUCUACUUUCUACCUCGUCACCAUCGAAUCGUCAUUAUCCAUUGAUUUCAUCAUCAUCGCCACGAUCAUUCUUUCUGCAAGCUGCCACUCUGGAUGCACCCGAGGUUACUGAGGAUCCAAAGGCUGUCAAAGAAGAAGAAAAAGUGCCACAAUCACCUGGUCUCCGCGAAGACAGCGUAUUUGACUGCGAUGGUUCGGUCCAAUAUUGGAAGGACUUCCAAUCGGAAGGAAACGACGGAAAUUUGCAACGACUCGUUCAAAUUUUGAGCGAAGAAGCCAACACGGACAAUCUGGCACGUGCCUAUUGGGCUAGUCAUUUGCUACGAACCGGAUAUUUUACCAUGAAUGCUGCUUUGGGAUCUGUCUUUAGCGAUGUCCACGAACGAUUCAUUGCUUCUCGUGAUAGUCGUAAUGCGAAGAACAAGGAGGAGAAUACUGAAAACAUCAGUCCAAUCUUUGCCAACGACAAUGACAUGACGAAUCGUCUCAUCAAUUCGGAUAUUCCAUCUCGAUUGUUGUUGGAAGCCUUUCGGGUCUACUAUCAAGAUUAUCAAUACGUCAAGGACGGAUUGCUCAAAUUUCCAUGGGAUGCCUUGGUGCAGUCUCGGUCUGGAAUUCAACUCAAUACCAAUCAUCGACAGUCCAAUCCGAUCUUUGCCUUGCAAGAGACGGCAGCUUCCAUUUUCGAAUCGGUGGCCAUCUUUUCAAGACGCAACAAGCAAUCUUCCAAAGGUGUCUUUUUGUCGCAACCAAAAAAGUCUGAUGAUGUAGGAGCGUUGUUGUAUCCCGAUUAUUAUUUGAAUGACUUUCAUUACCAAACGGAUGGAUGGUUGUCGAGUAAAUCUGCCCAACGGUACGAGUCCUCUACCGAGACUCUCUUUUUGGGACGUCAAGAUGCCAUGCAGCGGCAAACUUUGAUUCCCAUUUUGCAAUCUGCCUCGAAACCAACAACCAUGCUCGAAGUGGCAGCCGGAACGGGACGAUUUGGUACCUUUGUUCGUGAUCACUUUCCUACGGCCAACAUGACGUAUACCGAUCUAUCUCCAUUCUAUCUCGAAAAGGCCCAAGAAAAUGACAAGUAUUGGAUGGAACAACGAGGACAAGAUGCUCUGAAGGAAGCUGGAGUAGUAGUAAGCGAGAAACGAAAACCAGAGCCAGCCACCUUUGUACAAGCCAAUGCCGAAGACUUGCCGUUUCCAGACAAUUCCUUUGAUGCUGUGACGUCCGUCUACCUCUUUCAUGAGCUUCCCAAGAAAGCACAACAAAAAGCUGCCAAGGAAAUGGUGCGAGUCGUCAAACCAGGUGGUAUGAUUGUCUUUACCGAUUCCAUUCAAAAGGGAGAUCGACCGCCUUUGGAUGCGUAUAUGGGCAAUUUUGGCAAGCUCAAUGAGCCACAUUAUGACAACUACAUUGAAACCUACCUCCCAGAUCUCUUUGAAGGAUGUGAAAUGGACAAGAAGUUUGUAGCCUCGAGCACAAAGACAUUGUCAUUCAUCAAAAAAUAA